UGGAUCCUCUCUUCUCUUUGCCCACAUGAGGCAUGUAGAACGGCAUUCCAAGUGAUCUUCCUGUUCUAUGAAGACGAACUCCCUUGAAAGGCCUUAUUGAAGAAACGAUAGCAUUGGACGGCUUCGGCGCCAUGUGCAGACGUCAUAGUUGAAGACUGCAUCAAGACUGCAUCCAAGCCAAGGCACGAUUUGACUGACCGACAAGAAACAAGAGGUCCAGAAUCUCUUCUCAAACCACCAAGCUGGUAUUAAGAGUGGAUGAAUAAAGAUCAGAUGAAAAAGAGAUAUCUUGCUCGGUCCCUGAAUGAGCUCGUAAAUCAUGGAGAGACCAGUCCCUUCAAGUCUUAUCCGGCGUGUCUCUCCGCCUCCUUCAAAGCGAAGAAAAACAUCGGAAUUACCGCGACCGAACGGGAACGGUACCGGUAGAGGCAACCAUCAUUCUCUAGGACAAUCACCUCUUCCCAGUUCGAAACUAAGCAACUCGACCCCUUCAACGCCUCCAAGCGACACGGUGAACUCCCACUCAAUAUCAAAAACAUCCUCUUCCACCCAGACAAACGCCGCCACCGGCCCCCUCUCCCGUCCCGAGCCCACACUCGCCGCCGUCGAAGCCGGCCAAGCCAAAAUCGAAGACCAUCUCGCCUACUUCACCAAGCACCUCACCCUUGCCUGCCGCCCUACACCUCCCUCGGUGCCUCGCCUCCCCGUCCCCUCAUUUGCCUCCCUCUACGCGGAAAACCAGCACGCGCAUGGCCACCACUUUGUCAUCCAUCAGCACAACCACCCCCAGGCGGGCGUGCACUACGACCUGCGUCUCCAAUUCUCCGCGACGAGUUCCGUCUCGUUUGCGAUACCCAAGGGCUUGCCUGGAGACGCCAAUUCGAGGAGCAAGGGGCGCAUGGCGAUCGAGACGAGGGUGCACAAUUACUGGAAUCAUUUGAUCGAAAGCGCGUCGUGGAAGUCUGGCAGUUUGUUGAUCUGGGAUACGGGGACUUAUGAGGUGUUGCCGCGGAAGAUGUCGACUGCGCAGACGCAGCAGACGACGGACGAGGAGGGGACAUCGUCUGCGGCUUCUGAAGCCGAAAUAGACGGUAUCGAAGCGCUAAGAAGGACAUCCAGUGUUUCAGGUUCCAAAACAGCCAAGCACGAGAACGACAAACUGAUCCACGCGUUCCAAACGCGCUAUAUCCGUCUCCGCUUACAUGGCACCCGGCUCCCGAAGAACUACACCAUAACGCUGCGUCUGCCGUCGAACAACGACUUCGGGAACCCGCACAAGACGACGCACUUGCAGAAACAUAGACGGAGACGGAGGUACGUACCACCUGCGCCGCAGCCGCAGCAGCAGCAGCAGCAGGGCAAGAAACGGAAAUCCGCGCCGCAGCCAUCCAUCAAUUCACACUCCUCGUCCUCAGAUGCAGGAGAAGACGGGAUACAAGAAACUGACUUUGCGCCCACACCCCGAGACUCGGAUAACGCGAAUGAAGGAGCAGAAGAAGAAGAAGAGGACGCCAACCUCGACACCGACACGUCCUCGGAAGACCUGAAUACGCGCUUGCACAACGCAUACCCCGGCUCGACCAACAGCAUCGGCUCCGUGCACCAGCGGAAAUGGUUUUUGAUGCUUGAUCGACGGUCGAGUGGGUUUGUAGCUGGUACUGGCACGGGCGCUGGUGCUGCAACAUGGCGGCGGGACGGCAAUGCAGGGUUCGAUCCGUUUUAUGUGAGGGGCAGGGACGUUGAGAGGAGCGUUGUCACGGGGAGGUUGGCGAGGGACGUGGAGGAGGAUGAGGGGGUGGAAGGAAUCCAUGGGAGCGGGAUCUUCCCCGAGUCUCCAGCUCGCUCGCUGCGACACCCAGGCAAUGGGCGCGAAUCAUGGGCAGUGGAGUGUUGUCAAUCUUUCAAUGGCCCCUUAAAAGAGGAUGCCGAUGCCAGCAACGAUGCCCAAAAGGCAUUCCAUCUUCCCAUUGCGAUUCCACCGCGCCACACCCGCGCCAGGGCUCGACGUGGAAAUCGGAGUUUCCCCCGCAGAAGUAAGCACGCCCGGUUUUCCAGCGGAAGUAGUAGAUGUCCUGCUGGGCGGCGGUCUUGUGAUGGUGGUCGUCGUGGCACGGCCGCCGCUUGGGCUAACGACAACGACAGUCUCACUUUCCGCCGUGCCAGUUUGAAUCACCACGACGGUCGACCCCACCGUCGUCGAGAGGCCUGGCGUCAGCGUGACGGAGGCGGAAUUGUCGAUGACAACCGUGGGAGGCGUAGGUUGAGCAUUUGGUUGGGCGCCCGGUUGCGGCGCAUCGGUGAUGUGCGAGACGAUGUCGUCGAGCAGCUCAUCCGGUCCGCCCGGCGUGACCUGCGGGACUGCAGGAAUCUCUCUAUGGUCCUCUGGGGGUGGGAUCACUGGUGGAUUUGUGUGAUCAUCGCCCGGGUCUGGGUUUGGCUGUGA